AUGACGGAGGAUAGGGCUGGGUCGUCCUGUUGCUUGUACAUACUGCAGGGUGCAGGGGUGGUGGCGAAAGGGAAAGGGUAUUCAGGCAAGUGGAACAGACAAGUGGAGGAGAAAGGUGUGAUGCAGCGCAUGGCACGCAAGACGGAGAGACAACCAACUCCACGCCCCCUCUCUCUCCCCAUCCUCCCAUCCUCCCAGCACCUCACCUAUCAUCAUCGCCCUUGCCUCCAUCAGGCAGGCAGCGCAUGGCACGGAAGACGGAGAGACAACCAAAUCCACGCCCCCUCUCUCUCCCCAUCCUCCCAUCCUCCCAGCACCUCACCUAUCAUCAUCGCCCUUGCCUCCAUCGGGCAGGCAGCGCAUGGCACGGAAGACGGAGAGACAACCAACUCCACCCCCCCUCUCUCUCCCCAUCCUCCCAUCCUCCCAGCACCUCACCUAUCAUCAUCGCCCUUGCCUCCAUCGGGCAGGCAGCGCAUGGCACGGAAGACGGAGAGACAGCACCACCCCCACCUCCCUCCCCCCCCCUAG